AUGCAGUAUACUGAAGGAAGUAUGGUGAUUGUUGUUCCAAAUAAGGAGGAUUCAGUAGGAUUAACGCAGAUAUCAGCUUAUAGUGAACGUAUACCCUGUAACAAAUACGAGUUAAAGUCUAUUAUAAGAAACGAAGGUCGGCCCGACAUUUAUGAUAAAGAAGCUUUUGAAAAACAAGUUUUUAAGAAUAUAAUAAAAUUUGUUAGUGAAGAGAGUUAUAAAAUAGAGAUUGAACUAAACUAUCUUAAUUUGGAUAAACUGAGGAAAUAUUUGAAAAAUCUUCAUUAUGUUGACGAUAUAAAUAGAUUUCAUAAAAUCGUUGAGCACGGGCGUAUCGAUGGAAUAAAGAAACCAUGUAUUGUUUAUGAAUAUCUUUCAGAUAACAUAAGUAAUAUCAAACUUGAAAAUCCUUCAAAAAAAUUCCAGCAAUCAAUAUAUUUUUUAUAUGAUUCUCUUUGUAUUAUCAAUUAUCUUCACAAUCUAGGAUAUGUUCACAGAAGUAUAAAGCCAUCAACAUUCUUGGUUGGGAAAUCUUCAAAUAGUAACGAUUAUUUACCACUAAAAAUGACAAAUUUUGAAACAUGUUCCAAAAUUAUUACUCAGGAAGAGGCCAAACGUAAUCCUAGUAUAGUUCCCAAAUCUCACAUUCAAAAUAUUAAAUAUUGUUCCAUUAAUCAACACGAAGUGGGCCAAUUAUAUCUUCCAUGUGAUGAUAUAGAAAGUUGGUUUUAUAUGAGUAUAGGAUUACUUGAAGAUGGACUUCCAUGGAAUAAACUAAGAGUUGAAGAAAAAAAUAAAAUAAUUGAAAAAAAAACAACUUUACAGGAUAAGAAUAAUUUAUUUUAUUGUUACACUCCAAUGCCUAUUAGAGAAUUAAUCAAGAGUAUUAUAAAUAAAUAUGAAAAAAUUGAUUGUGAUGAAAUUAUUUUUAAAUUAUAUAAAGCCAUCGAACCUAAUUUAUAA